AUGGAUUCUCUAAAGAAUGCAAUCGCAUAUGGUGCCAAGCGAUUACUACACUAUGAAGAAUUACCAGAGCAGUGGCAAAAUAACAAGCACAUCCACACUGGUUACAGAUUCCUUUCCACUCCCGCAGACUGCUUCCACUCACUUCUCUAUGUUCAUAAUGAAACCGGCAACAUCUACACACACUUGAUCGGCUUCUUCGUAUUCUUUGUUCUCGGUGUUUAUGAGCUGUUUUACUCCCCGUUGCUGUCGGAAGUGCCUGGUCUGGACCGGGUCGUAUUUGCGAUCUUCUUUUUGGCGGCAUGCAAAUGCCUCAUGUGCUCAACUGUCUGGCACACUCUCUCGGCCAUCAACAACUACGAGACCCUGACCAAGAUGGCCUGUCUGGAUUAUGUCGGCAUCUCGGUUCUGAUUUGUGCCAGCAUCAUACUCACAGAGUAUUAUGGUUUCUAUUGUGAACCCAUGUGGAGAAACACUUAUAUGGCUGGUACUGGAACUCUGGCUAUGAUCGGUGUAGUACUUCCAUUUAUGAGUUGGUUUGAUCGGAAAGAUCUGAGAUGGAUUCGUAUCGCCUUUUUCAUAUUCUUGGCUUCGUCCUGUGUAUUACCUGUUGCUCAUCUUGUAUAUGAGUAUGGUACAGAUGAAACAUUCUCAUGGCUUAUGCCCGUAGCAAAAUCUCUGUCAUGUUAUGGUUUAGGUGUGGUUGUGUAUGCAAACCAUUUACCAGAAGCCUUCUGGCCAGGCAAAUUCGACCAUUUUGGACAUUCUCAUCAACUGUGGCACAUCUUUGUCUGUGGAGGAAUCUGGUAUCAUUACACUGCUGCUGUGGCAUUUGUUGGUCAUCGAGGACAAUUUGGUCAAUGUAUUGCCAACUUUUAA